GACCAUACACUCAAUGGCUGUUCCAAGAACCCUUAUGGGUUGAGUAUCUACAGUUAUGGAGUGUUUACAGGAAUUACAACAACCCCUCCUGGACAGGUCAUUUGGCAGUGGUGGGGUGCUGACCCCUUUGCUAGCUAAGGACGCUGGGGGUGUAGGAGGUCUAAUAUGGAAAUGUAUCCCCCACAAAGCCCAGCAGGGUGCUGAACUCACACCACAGUUUUUGGACCCAGGAAGCCUUCGCAGGACAGUGGAUCCUGUUAGUGGGGGGUUUCCACAGGUGGGCUUUUGGAGAUCCACAGACCCCCAAGUUUGGAGGGGGAAGGACUAUAUAGAGACAACUUUUGUAGACCCUGAAGAAACCUCAGAUAUCUGCAAAAAGUUGAUAUAUACACCUGAGAAGGAAAUUCAUACGGUUUCUUGUGAAAUGAGAGAUGACCAGAUGAUUGAUAUGGAGAACGACUCCUCUAGUGACAGUGACACAGAUAGUGAAAGCCAUUUCUCCCUUCUGCUCCCACAAGACUACCUGGGCUUGGCCGUUUUUUCUAUGCUCUGCUGUUUCUGGCCUGUGGGAAUUGCAGCAUUUUUCCUCUCACAGAAGACCAACAAAGCGUCAGCGCAGGGCGACUAUCAUGGAGCUAGCGUGGCUUCUAGACAAACCUUCCUCCUGGCUGUUCUCUCAAUAUUCCUUGGCAUCUGCACGUAUGUUGGUGCGGUAGUGGCACUUAUUGCAUAUUUGUCAAAUCGAGCACCCACCUAAUAUGCCCAACGCAUUACAGCAAGGAGGCUGCGCCUCAGCCCAGAGCAAAGACUGCGCACACGAAAACAAGGAGCCAGGAUGGCCAGACAUGAUGUGCGCCAAAAACUAGGACUCAAACAAAAAAACUAAAAACUCAGCUCAGAAAUUUGAGUCCUAAUUGAAUAGACUGUUACGAUAAUUGUAUUACUUCUCUUGAAAUAAUUAGUCACAUAAGCUAACAAGAAAUUGGGAGGGGGACUCUGCUAAUCCAAAGGAAUAUUUUGAUUACAGUAAAAAUACUACAAGUUUCAGUGAUUAUAUAAAUAAAAAAACUUACGUCUCA